AUGGACAUUUCCGUCAAUUCCUUAUUCACAUUCAUCUUCUUCUUCUUCUUCACCUUCGUAGCUUCUAACCCUUCCGAUUCAUCUUUCCAAACCACCUACAACCGUCUCUGCAAUGACAUCGUCCCCGUCCCCGCCUCCGCCUCCUCGCCGCCGUCCGACACUCCAACCACCUCCGCCAUCGCCCAAUCUCUCUACUUCCAAUCCGGUUACUUCUCCGGCGGCGAUCCACUUUUCAACCUAUCCCCCGACUCGAGCUUCUACAAACACGUCUCGUUCCAUGUCACCUCCGCCCGGAGAAUCCCAACCGACAGUACAAGCGACGGCGUAUAUCAAUUGCUAGGGAAAUUGAAUCUCCGGCAACGAGCGAGAGUCCGGUCCAAUCCGACGAGGGUUUAUCCGGGACCUAGGGUUCCGCUGAGGAUGCGUGUUCCUUCUCUGAAAGGUUUUUGGUCACAAUCUUCUGGUAAGCUUUGUAUGUUUGGAAGAGGAUCUUAUGGUAGUAGAAACAAUCUCAGAGAUGUUAAUGUUGUUAUUAAGCUUCGUUACCCGAAUCGUGUUACGCUUUUGGAUAGUUUGAUUACUGGAACUGUUGAAAGUUUUGAUGAAAUUAAUAGCUUGCAUUAUUUUGAACCUGUUUCAAUGUUGACUGUAUCUCAGAGUUCGAAUUAUAAUUUUACAAUGGCUGGGAACAACGAUGAUAGUCGUUGUGUAGCGGGAUCUGGAUCGAAUGAGGAAAGUUUGAACCUUGGAAAUUUGAAACAAGGGGUCUGUCCUGGGUUUCUCGAUCAUGUGGAUAGCUUUCAUCUUGAAUAUGGGAGUCACUGUAAUAAUAUUAGUUGCAAUCCCUUUGGUGGUGAAAAGUUGCUUGGUUUCAUGGGUUUGUACACAACUCGGUGCGUAGAGAGGGGGAAGAUUCAGAUGUUGUUGGAUUUUCAUGAUACGGAAUAUCGUGAGUGGUUGCUUCUGUCUCGUCCGAAUACAACAUUGAUAUCUGAGGGGGUGUGGGACGAGAAGGAGAAUCGGCUUUGUGCAGUUGCGUGUCGGAUUUUGAACAUCACAGGGUCUCCUUAUGUUGGAGAUUGUUCGAUUAAGCUUACGUUAAGGUUUCCUGCUGUGUUGUCUUUAAGAAAUAGGAGUACUGCUUUGGGCCGGAUAUGGAGUGAUAAGCUUGUUGGUGAAUCUGGCUACUUCGGCAGCGUGGGAUUUGAAAGUAUCUUGAGGAGAUCAGGAAGUUCGCCUGAUGGUUUACAGUACAAGUAUACUGAAAUUGACAGAGUAAGAAAGUCUUGUGCCGAAAAGGUGACUGCUAGAGGAAAAGGAAAGAACUAUCCAGAUGUAUAUUCUUCUGAUAUAGCAUUUAGCAUGGUUGUGACAGACAACAAAGGGCGAGUAACUCAAGGUUUCUCAUUACCAUUGUUUGUUGGUGAUCAAAGUUAUGAAGGGCGGCCUCAUGGGGUUCCAUUUCUUCCGACGAAUGGUGGAAACUUGAAAGCACAUGGUUUUCAAAACAGCAAUUCAUUGAAUGUCAGCUAUGCAUUUUUCCUUAAGCCUUCUGAUGUUAUGUUUGGUAAUGAGGUCUCAUCAACAGAAAUCAAAAUUAGUGCUGAAGGAUUAUACAACAGGAACACUGGAGUAAUGUGUCUGAUAGGGUGUCGGCAUUUGAGAACAAAUAACAAAUUACUGACGAAGAAUGAGUCUCUGGACUGUGAAAUCAUGAUUAAUGUCCAGUUUCCUCCAUUGAAUGCAAAAGUAGGUGAACCUGUUGAAGGGACUAUAGAAAGCACGCGACAAAAGACAGAUUCUUACUAUUUUGAACCCCUUCAGUUGUCUUCAGAUUCGUUAACCAAACGAGAAGCAGACGCAUCCAUUUGGAGAAUGGACCUUGAGAUCAUUAUGGUAAUGAUAUCUAACACACUUGCUUGUGUGUUUGUAGGAUUGCAACUCCUCCAUGUGAAAAAGCACGCAGAAGCACUUCCUCACAUUUCCAUUGUGAUGCUUCUAUUCAUUACUCUAGGUCACAUGGUUCCCCUGAUGCUGAACUUUGAAGCCUUAUUCAAGGUGAAUCACAAUAGUGUGCAGGAUGCUUUUCUUGGGAGUGGAGGCUGGCUUCAAGUGAAGGAAGUAGUUGUGAGAAUGGUGACAAUGGUAGCUUUUCUUCUAGAGUUGCGUCUUCUACAAUUGACAUGGUCUUCAAGACAGACUGAAGAAAGCCAGACACAGACGGGUUUGUGGGUUUCUGAAAAAUGGGUUCUAUUCAUUAUUCUACCAUUGUAUUUUACCGGUGGAUUAACUGCAUGGUUCGUGCACAUAUGGAAGAAUUAUCGCCAGAAAAGCUCUCGACCCUUCCGUCUUUCUCGCCACAAGUUUAAAACUCCUCGUCAACAUUUUAAUCAACUGCCAUCACUCUGGGAAGAUAUGAAAUCUUAUGCUGGUUUACUCCUAGACGGGUUUUUGCUCCCACAAAUUAUGUUCAACAUAUUGUCAAACUCAGAAGAAAAACCAUUGGCAUCUUUGUUUUAUUUUGGAACAACCAUUGUUCGCAUACUGCCCCAUGCAUAUGAUCUUUAUAGAGCUCACAGCUCUGCAUGGCACCUUGUUGUAUGCUUACAGCAAAGAUUUGGCAGCCGAUGUUUUCUUCCAAAGAGGUUCAGGGGAACUUCUGCAUAUGAGAAAGUACCUGUUAUUGGUAAUGACGAUUUGUGA